AUGAGACCAAAGCCACACUACGUAAUAGUUAAGAAAGAUGCUGAAACCAAUGAGGCAAUAUAUUGCACAAAGGAACCUUUCAUUAAGGCUCGAGUUAUUGUCAUUCGAUGGUUGGUGUCUUUCUGGCUUGAGCCAAAACCUCAUACAGGACCUCAUAUUCCUGGGAUGGAAGGUGAAAAUGUGCCAAAGAAUAUUCAGAGAGCAGCUGCUAGCAUGGCUUCAAGGGAGGACAGCAAAAACGACAGUACUGAUAAGCAGGAUAGAAAUGCAGAACCAGAACAAUCUCAUUCUAAUACAAGUACUCUAACAGAGAGGGAACCAAGUUCUUCCAGCCUCUGCAGUAUUGAUGAAGAGCAUUUAACUGAUAUUGAAAUUGUCAGGAGAGUCUUUUCUUCUAAAAGAAGCAAUGUUAAUUUUCUAACUGAAAUUUUUCGACAG